AUGGCCGAAGCACACGCCGCCGCCCAUGACGCCAGUCGCAAGCGCAAGCGCCGCAAGAACCGCAAGCACAAGCAGCAGCCGCUUCUGCGCGGCCACUACGUCGACCCGCUGUCUCCCAUCGCGUCUACGCCCAUGAAGCGCCAGCGCGCCAAAGCAGCAGUAGCAGACACCACCAAGUCGAUCAAGUCGAAGGCUGCGACAUCGUCAGAAGCUCGAGACCGGAAGGACGGGUCCAAGUGCAAAGGGGAGGAAAAGUUCUUCUCGCCGCGAAAGCUGCUGGCGGAAUGUGAUGAGGAGCACGAGGGGAAGCGAUCGGGGGCGAAGAAAGCACGGACAAAGUUGCGCUAUGACUCAGUGACGGUAUCCGACAACGAGCAGGAACAGAUAGAGGAGGAAAACGACGAUGAGGAGAAGGCGGUGGUGGACGCGGGCAAAGACGGGUUGUUCUCGCCGGCGCUCAAGCCCCCGCGGGCGUCGCGAUCUAGUAGCGCGUCUCCACCGAAUGCUCAGGGACGACUGGACAUAAAACUCAGACCCGACUGUGUGCAGCCGGACGACCGACUAGAGGACGACGUUGCGCUAGCUACCGAAGUUGUUGCUGCUGCUGCUGCUGACGUGGCAAAUGAAGACGAACAUGAGGAGGAAGACGUCACGCUGAUGGAGCAAGAAUUUAAUCCGUUUUACUUUAUGAAGACAUUGCCGAAGUAUGAGGAUAUCACGAAAGGCAAAAGGCCCGUUUCGCUACCAGAGCGGUCACGCAACGCGCCAAAGAUUUGCUUGGUCUUGGACUUGGACGAGACUCUCGUGCACUGCAGCGUGGACGAAGUCAAGGAUCCACACAUGCAGUUUCCGGUCACAUUCAAUGGUGUCGAGUAUACAGUCAAUGUGAAGAAGCGUCCACACAUGGAGUACUUCCUCAAGCGUGCGUCCAAGCUCUUUGAGAUCGUCGUGUUCACCGCCUCUCACCAGGUAUACGCUGAGAAGCUCAUGAACAUGCUGGACCCGCACCGCAACCUCAUCAAGUAUCGACUGUACCGAGACGAUUGCCUCGAUGUGUUUGGAAACUACCUCAAGGAUCUGAAUGUCCUCGGGCGAGACUUAUCGAAGGUCGUUCUGGUGGACAAUUCCCCCCACGCAUUCGGAUAUCAGGUGAACAACGGCAUUCCCAUCGAGACGUGGUACGACGACGAAGCGGAUGCCGAGCUACUGAACCUGCUGCCCUUCCUAGAAAGCCUCGUCGAUGUCGAUGACGUGCGUCCGAUCGUAGAGAGACAAUUUCAAGUCCAAAAGCUGAUUGACGCCACGCCUGACGGGAUCCUCUAG